CUCAUUCUCCUUCUUCUUGUUGUUGUUGUUCUGAGCAGCAACAGCGUCACCAAUCUCUCUCUCUCUCUUCCUCUCUGUGCAAGCACCAAUGCCGGCACAGAAGCGCUCCCUGCCUGACUCCGGCGACGAUGGGGACACUUCGCCGCCGCUCCUCUAUCACAACCGCCAUGCCAAGCAACCACCGCACCGCAACCCACACUUGAAAGCCCACGGCGGUCAGCAGCAGGAGCAAGACGAGGAGGACGAUGAUGAAGACCAGCAGGAGGAGGAUGAGGAGGAAGACGACGAAGAGGAGGAUGGAGAGGAAGAGGAAGAGGAGGAGGAUGAGGAGGAUGCUGAAGAAGAUGAAGAUGAAGCUGGGCAACGCCAUAAUCACGACGAGGAUCAAUCACAGGAUUCCGACGAAUCUCCAUCUUCUGACUCUGAAGAAAAACCUGAAUUUGUGUAUGUACCAGUUCAGGAUAUCCGUAAAGAUGUCCAAUGUCCAAUUUGCCUUGGUAUUAUUAAGAAAACGAGAACUGUUAUGGAAUGCUUGCACCGGUUUUGCAGGGAGUGCAUUGACAAAUCGAUGCGACUAGGGAAUAAUGAAUGCCCUGCUUGCCGCACACACUGUGCCAGUCGUCGCUCUUUGAGAGAUGAUCCAAACUACGAUGCCCUUAUUGCUUCUUUAUAUCCAGACAUUGAGAAGUAUGAGGAAGAGGAGCUUGAAUUUCGUGAAGAGGAGAAGAACCGCAAUAAGCAGAUUCAAGCUUCUAUAGCAAAAAUAGUUCAACGGCAAUCUGAAGCACUGGUUAAGAGGCGUAGAGAUACACCAGGUGCAUUUGCACCAAGAUCACAGCGUAAUCAACGGAACAUUCAUUCUAGGAGACAGAACCAAGUGAUUGAUAUUCAAGGAUCUGAAGAUAAUGAGGAGGAAAAUGACAACAAUGAAAAAGACUCAUCUGCUGAUGAUGAGCGGUGCACAGAACCCCCGCAGAGAAGGCGAAAGAGAUGGACCAGAGUUCGUCCCUCUCAGCCAUCAUCAUCUAUGGCAGGUCCUGAUGGUGGAUGUGUAGACAGUGAUAUAGAUGUAAGUAGAGAAAAUCGAGGAACUUCAAGGCAGGUGUCAAAACCUAGAAAGCUUACUUGGGGAAGGGGUGGUUUUAGGAGUAACACCCGACAUGGCAGUAGUGGUGGUAGCAAUAGCAAAAGUUCCCGCAGUGGUCGAUUGGCUAAGCUGGUUGGUCAUCUUAGAAGCUUGGAUGAAAAUAUUGAUGAGUUUGAUGUCCAUCUCUUGCUUGUUUCCCUGGACAAAAGUACUCCAAGUUUGGAGCAGCCACACCUUUGCUGUCGACCAACUUUGACUGUCAAGCACCUUUACGAAUAUGUUGCCCGUCAGACACCUUUGCCAGUUGAAGCAGUAGAGAUAAUGGCAGUUAAAGGAUGCUGCAGUACAAAUCGCAACGAGUCAGCUGAUGAUGCUUCAGCCCUGGUUUGUGAUGAGCUAACAACGCUGGCUAUAGAUCCUCACAAAGAUGAACUGGAAAUUUUGCAAGAACAUGAAUCCCUGGCUGAGAUUAGAUCCAAGUGCAUAUCUAAAAGGGAUCAUUUGAUUCUGGCAUACAGGCAAAAGGAGGCAUUAUAGUCUUGCUUUGAUAGGCAGACUUCAGAUAUUGACAAUGCCAUAAUCUUGUUCUGAGUGUACAUAAAAAAGAACGGUUGCCUAGAGUAGUUUUCUAGUUGCACCCUCAACCCCAAAAUGGGAAAAAAACUUCAGUAUACUAAAUUAUGAGAACCUCCCAAAAAUGUUAUGCUGCAUUUUAAUACCUUCCAAAAGUUUAGAUUUUUUUGAGGUUAAAUUUUAGAAUUAUUUACCUUAUAAGAUAUUAGUUACAAUUUCAACUUUAAUUAACUCAGUCUAAAUUUUAGAAUUGAUUUUUUUACUUUCUCAUU